AUGUAGGCUGUCAGCAGCAGUGUUUGGUCUCAGCCAGUCUGGCAGCUGGGAAUGUGAGCACACAUCAAAGCGGCUAUUUUGAGGGACGUUGGGGAAGAGCCCCCUGGCUGUCCUAAAGAACAGGCGUCUCCGAAGCUUGAACUUCGAGCUGGUACUGUCUCGUCGUCGAAGUCUGGCGUGGUUGGCUUGCCAUAUCUCGAAAUUAUCCGUGGACUGAGCGUGUUUUACUGCGUGGGUGAACAUUGAAGUGGUCGUCUUGGACACCUUGCUGGAAUAACACGAGAACCGAAGUGUCAUUCGCGCUACUUGUGGUAUAAAGCCUGUUUCGCCACGACCGGACAUCAUUUUACACGCCAGCCAUGAAGUAAAAUCGGCCCGGUGCAAGCGCGCACAACCUGCCGCGAUUCCCCACCAGUGUGAGAACCAAUAAUAAAUGAUAGAAGAUACAAUGACUCUGCUGUCCCUGUUAGGUCGUAUCAUGCGUUAUUUUCUGCUCCGGCCGGAGACCCUGUUCCUACUAUGCAUCAGUUUGGCCCUGUGGAGUUACUUCUUCCACACGGACGAAGUGAAGACCAUCGUCAAGUCGAGUCGCGACGCCGUCAAGAUGGUCAAGGGGAAAGUGGCAGAGAUGAUGCAGAACGAGCGAUUUGGAGGUCUGGACGUCCUGGAUGCAGAGUUCGCCAAGACGUGGGAGUUGAAGAGCCACAACGUUGCCGUGUUCUCCAUCCAAGGCCGUCGAGACCACAUGGAGGACCGGUAUGAUGUGCUCGCAGACGUCGUCAACAAGAGCCACCCGUCUAUUUUUGGGAUUUUUGACGGACACGGCGGAGAGGCUGCUGCUGACUACGCAAAGGCACACCUGCCGGAGGCACUCCGCCAACAGUUGCUGAACUAUGAACGUGACCGGGAGCGGGAUAGGGAAAAGGAUAAAGAGAAAGAUGAGAAAAAGGACGGCUUGUCUUACCCAUCUAUCCUGGCGCAGCAGAUCCUGACGAUAGAUCGGGAAAUGUUGGAAAAGCUGUCCGCCACGUACAAUGAAGCAGGCACCACAUGUCUGGUGGCCCUCCUGUCCGAUAAGGAGCUGACGGUUGCCAACGUCGGCGACUCACGCGGAGUCCUCUGCGAUAAAGACGGAAACGCCAUUCCUCUAUCGCACGACCACAAGCCGUACCAGUUAAAAGAGCGCAAGAGGAUCAAGAAAGCUGGCGGCUUCAUCAGUUUCAAUGGCUCGUGGCGCGUGCAGGGCAUUCUGGCCAUGUCCCGCUCCCUGGGCGACUACACUCUCAAGAAUCUUAACGUGGUCAUCCCCGAUCCCGACAUCCUCUCCUUCGACCUGAACAAGCUGCAGCCCGAGUUUAUGAUCUUGGCGUCGGACGGCCUCUGGGACACCUUCAGCAAUGAGGAGGCCGUACGCUUCAUCCGCGAACGCCUGGACGAGCCGCAUUUUGGCGCCAAGAGCAUCGUCCUCCAGUCGUACUACCGCGGCUGCCCCGACAACAUAACCGUCAUGGUGGUCAAGUUCAAAGGCAAGACGGGAGAGCAGUAGAUCAGCUGCCUAUUUUAUUUGUGAAACAAUAUGCGGUGCUGAAUGCAAAUUUUUGGAGGAAGAAUCAUUUCUAAUGUCUGAAUAAUGCAUCACACCAGGCCCCAGUUUGAUUUUUAAAAGCUUUGUGAAAGUCUCUUCAUUGCUGUUUACAGUUGGGUAAGGCAUAAUUGAUUGAUAAUUGAGUGAUUGAUCACAGAGAAUUCUGUGCAUCACUGAGGCGAAAUGGAGCACAUUACGACUAAGUUAUAUGGAGCCAGUAUUACUGCAGUGAAUCCCAGUAGAAUUCAACGACAGGGAGACCAUAUACAGUGGGGCAAAUAAGUAUUUAGUCAACCACCAAUUGUGCAAGUUAUCCUACUUGAAAAGAUUAGAGAGCCCUGUAAUCGUCAACAAGGGUAAACCUCAACCAUGAGAGACAGAAUGUUGGGGAAAAAAACAGAAAAUCACAUUGUUUGAUUUUUAAAGAAUUUAUUUCCAAAUUAAAGUGGAAAAUAAGUAUUUGGUCACCUACAAACAAGCAAGAUUUUGGGCUGUCGAAGAGGUCUAACUUCUUCUAACGAGGUCUAACGAGGAUCCACUCGUUACCUAUAUUAAUGGCACCUGUUUUAACACAUUAUCGGUAUAAAAGACACCUGUCCACAAGCUCAGUCAGUCCCACUCCAAACUCCACUAUGGCCAAGACCAAAGAGCUGUCGAAGGACACUAGAGACAAAAUUGUAGACCUGCACCAGGCUGGGAAGACUGAAUCUGCAAUAGGUAAAACGCUUGGUGUAAAGAAAUCAACUGUGGGAGCAAUUAUUAGAAAAUGGAAGACAUACAAGACCACUGAUAAUCUCCCUCGAUCUGGGGCUCCAUGCAAAAUCUCACCCCGUGGCGUCAAUAACAAGAACGGUGAGCAAAAAUCCCAGAACAACUCAAGGGGACCUAGUGAAUGACUUACAGAGAGCUGGGACCACAGUAACAAAGUUAAUUCAACAUUAUCAACAUUAGGAUGAUCCAGAAGAGGACUGGGAAAAUGUGUUAUGGUCAGAUGAAACCAAAAUAGAACUUUCUGGUAGAAACACAGGUUCUCGUGUUUGGAGGAGAAAGAAUACUAAAUUGCAUCCAAAGAACACCAUACCCACUGUGAAGCAUGGGGGUGGAAACAUCAUGCUUUGGGGCUGUUUUUCUGCAAAGGCUCCAGGACGACUGAUCUGUGGAAAGGAAAGAAUGAAUGGGGCCAUGUAACGAGAGAUUUUGAGUGAAAAUCUCUUUCCAUCAGCAAGGUCAUAUAAGAUGAGACGUGGCUGGGUCUUUCAGCAUGACAAUGAUCCCAAACACACAGCCAGGGCAACAAAGGAGUGGCUUCGUAAGAAGUAUUUCAAGGUCCUGGAGUGGCCUAGCCAGUCUCCAGAUCUCAACCCCAUAGAAAAUCUGUGGAGGGAGUUGAAAGUCCGUGUUGCCCAACGACAGCCCCAAAACAUCACUGCUCUAGAGGAGACCUGCAUGGAGGAAUGGGCCAAAAUACCAGCAACAGUGUGUGAAAAGCUUGUGAAGAGUUACAGAAAACGUUUGGCCUCUGUUAUUGCCAACAAAGGGUACAUAACAAAGUAUUGAGAUGAACUUUUGGUAUUGACCAAAUACUCAUUUUCCACCAUGAUUUGCAAAUAAAUUCUUUAAAAAUCAAACAAUGUGAUUUGCUGUUUUUUUCCACAUUGUCUCACAUGGUUGAGUUUUACCCAUGUUGACAAUUACAGGCCUCUCUAAUAUUUUCAAAUGGGAGAACUUGCACAAUUAGUGGUUAAAUAAAUACUUAUUUGCCCCACUGUAGCUUUUAAUAUAGUUUUCCACCUUCACACAUACAACAGAAUUAAACAUAUGUUUAUGCAUUUCAACCCAAAUUGGCCAAACAGUUGAACCAAAGCAUGGAAUUUCAUCCAAGAAAUGUCUUGACAACAAUCCAAUUUAACACAAAAGUUACAACAAGAAAAAAACUAUAGACUAUUAUCCUGAGUGUAAAUGUUCAGUAUUAAAUCGCAAACACUAAGUUGGGUCACAAACUCUUCGAUUAUUAAGUCCUUCACCCCAAUGAAAAUUAAAAUAAAUGCUGAAUGAGUUUAAGCCAAAAUGUACAUUUUCAUGGACGAAAUUAUUGGCACCCCUCAAUUUUUUUCCGAAAAUACAGCAUUUCUCACAAAAAUUAAUGCAAUUACAAAUGUUUUCAGUAUGAGUGUGCUUAUUUCUUGGAUGUACAUUGGAAAAACACAACAAGCUGAGGCAAAAAAAAGCAUAAAUUGACACAAUAUUAGACAAAACUCAAAAAAUAGGUUGGACAAAAUUGUUGGCUUCCUCAACUCAAUAUUUGGUUGCACAUCCUUUGGAAGAAUUAACAGAAAGCAAUUGCGUCCUAUGAUCAUCAACAAGUUUUGUGCACCUCUCAGAUAGAAUUUUGGACCACUCCUCUUUUGCGAACUGUUCCAGGUUUUUCAAAUUUGAAAGGUGCCUUCUUGCAACAGCCAUUUUGAGAUCUCUCCAUAGAUGUUCAAUGGGAUUUAGAUCCAGACUCGUCAAUAGCCACCUCUGAAUUACCCAGCGCUUUGUUUUCAACAAUUUCUUGGUGCUAUUUGAGGUAUUUUUGGGGUCAUUUUCCUUUUGGAACAUCCAGUGCCAGAAAAUAGAAUGAGGCCUACAAAGAAAAGAACACAGUGCCUACAAACAUGGUCGAGGUUCAAAGAUAUUUUAGGGUUGUUUUGCUGCCUCUGGGACUGGACAAAGUGCUGGAGAAUUCUGAGGUAGCCAAUGAUGAGUCCGGAUCUAAAUCCCCUGUAGAUAGAUCUCAUAAUUGUUGCAAUAACUCACCCCUUCAAAUCUGAAAGACCUGGAACAGUUGGCAAAAGAAGAAUGGUCUACAAUUCCAUCUGAGAGGUGCACGAAAUUUGUUGAUGGUUAUAGGUAGCGAUUGCUUUCUGUUAUGUUUUCAUAAGGGUGAGCAACCAAAUAUUGAGUUGAGGGUCCCAACAAUUUUGUCCAGCCCAUUUUUUGCAUUCUGUGUAAAACUGUGUACAUUUUGGCUUUUCUCUUCAGUUUUUUUGUUUUUCCAAUGCAAAUCCAAAAAUUAAACACAUUCAUACUGAAAAUGUUUGUAUUUGCAUUAAUGUCUGGGAGAAAUUGUGUCAUAGACUUCAUAAUGGAAUUGACGGGACACGGGGCCGAUAAAUAGGGGGCCUGCAUUGUUGGCGAGGCCGUCAAAGCUGACCGAGUGGAAUCACAAAGAGCUUUUUACGUUGAAAAUUCUUGUGAAUGAAUGCUUAAAUCCCUGAAUUAUUUAUAGAUAUGGACGUAAAACAGUCUCGAUUCUUGGUUAAAAGCAAAAAAAAAAUGUGCAGGUAGCAUUUAUUUUACGUAAAUAUUGCGAACUAUGAUAUUUGUCAGCAAAUUAGCGGCCGCCAUAUGUAAACAAAGAGUUUUUCCGUUGAAAAUCCUUGUGAAUAAAUGCUUAAAUCCCUGAAUUUUUUAUAGAUAUGGACGUAAAACAGUCUCGAUUCCUGGUUAAAAGCAAAAAAAAAAAAACACGUGCAGGUAGCAUUUCUUUUAUGUAAAUAUGUCGAAUGUGCGCCACCUUACCACAACAAAGAGCUUUUUACGUUGAGAUUCGGGUGAGUAAUGCUUAAUUCCCUGAAUUCUUUAUAGAUAUGGACGUAAAACAUUCUCGAUUCUUGGUUGAAAGCAAAAAAAAAACAAAAACGUGCAGAUAGCGUUUAUUUUACGUAAAUGUGUCGAAUGUGCGGCUCGUCUUUAAGUUCACUGUGGCACCGCCUUACCACAACAGAGCUUUUUACGUUGAAAUUCUUGUGAAUAAAUCCCUGAAUUCUUUAUAGAUAUGGAUAUAAAACAGUCUCCAUUAUUGGUUAAAAGCAAAAAAAGUGCAGCUAGCAUUUAUUUUACGUAAAUAAGGCGAACUAUGAUUUUUUUUUCACGUUUCAAAAUGCAUGCAUUUAUUUUACGUAAAUAAGGCGAACUAUGAUUUUUUUUUCACGUUUCAAAAUGCACGCAUGGUACGAAAAAUAUAAUAAUUACCUUGAAUCCUCGAACAAAUCACUCCUGAGACGAUCCUUCCUGUUUGUAUGUGGUACAGCUUUCGUACUUUCGAACCGGAAUCCACCGUUAGUUCGCUGCAUGCGUGUUUGUGAAUAGGUCCUCCUGAUGUGGGUCGGCCCCUUGCUUGAAGGAGUUGCACAGUGCAUGGCCGAGCUGACCCAUCAAUAAUGAUGAUGUCUAUGAUUGUGUAUUUUCUGGAAAAAUUCCAGGGGUGCCAAUAAUUUCAUCCAUGACCAUAGGUACCAGAUGAGGUAGCAAUUAGCCUGGCUUUAACUGUAUAUCUUUACUUAUUCUCUUUUUUUUUUCUAUUUUCAUUAAGUUGCCUUGUUUGUCACAGUUCAUUCUACUACAAGAGACAUCUGGUUUGUGUGGGGAGACCCAGACUAAACAAUAAAAAUAAAGCAAAAUGUAAUACAUCUAUAAAGCGACUUAUUUUCUGAAAAUUAAUAACUUCUUCUUACCCUGAAUUUAUCAUAGAUCGAUUGGAGGUGCGGGGGUCACUCUCAUAAAUAAGAUAUUCUUCCUCUACUAAGUUGCACUAGCAAUGUGAGAGGGAAUGAUUGUGUCACUUUGUCUGCACUGAUGACUACCACUGGCACAAAAUAUGGAUAAAUUAAAAAUUAAAACAACAACAACAACUCCCCCCGCCCCGACCCUCGUCAGGAUAAGCAGUUCAGAAGAUAAAAGAAUGAAUGAAACAACUCUUACUGGUGAUGAAAACAAUACCCACGCGAACUUAUUACAGCUACAAUAAAACGGUGCGAGAUCAAUGUUUCAAAUGGCAUUAUUUGCUAAGUGUUUGUGUUUUGCAUCGUCACAGAGUCUUAGGUCAAUACUCUAUAGUCAAGGUUUAUACAGCAGGACAAAGAUGAAUGUGCUUAAAAAGCAUAGGACUGCCACAUUUCAUUUUUUUGAACGUUUUAGUUCACAGUGGAGUGAAGCAUAACUUUUUAUAAUUUGUUUUUGUAGUCAGACCCAAUUUUUAAGGAUGUUUGCUCUCCUGCUCCUGCAAGUGUUGGACAGAAUGACGAAAAGUGACUUAACAUAAUAACGUGAACUUUUUGAAGCAAUAUGUCUCCAAUAACACUUAGCAAACAGUUGCUAGAUGACGUAAUAACACUGAUUAUGUCAAACCAUUAUGAAAAGCAUUAUAGAUUAACAUCCUAAUAUUGUUUCUGAGAACUCAAGAAACCUUUGAAGAAAGUAUGAUUGCUGCCUUAUUUUGAAUAGUUUGUUUUUUGUAAUAUCCAAUUUUUUGGUUUGUUUCAAAAUGUGCAUGACUGUCGUGUCACUCUCAGUUGAGCCUCAUGUAAAGCAGAAUUUUAAACAAAUGUCUCCAAGAGACAUAAAAAUUUAAGAUGAAUGUACAUAUUGUGCUGAUGUUGGCAACCUCAUUACUUGCUGUCUACACGGCAAUGAUGAAAGCAAUGCAGAUUGUAUUAUAUUAGUGAUGUGUAUCUGUUCAAAAUGUCAUUUGUUUUUGUCUUUCAUUUAAACUUUGGUCAUUCAUCAUGAACAUUACAGAAUGUUAUUUUGGCAUUUGUAUAUGUGCAUUAUAAAAUGUAAGAAUUUAAAAAGGAUAUUUUAAGGUGUCGUUCAGAAAAAAGUUACCAUUAAAACAAGAAAGAGUUACUUGAUUUAUCCGUUUGUUUUGUGAUAUUUCUAUGAGAUAUUUUUUGAUGUGAUUUUUUUCAGUGAUAUUUCUGACAAUUUUUGACAUAUGAAUGGACAAAUGCAUAUCCUGUUUCCAUUACAAUAGCUAUUUAACUCAUUCACUGCCAGUUGUAUGAAAGAGUAUCUGAACCUUUUGAACUGUCUCAUAUUUCUGCAUUUAAUCACCAUCAAAUGUGAUCUGAUCUUUGUCAAAAUCACACAGAUGUAAAAACUGUCUGCUUUGACCAAAACCACCCAAACAUUUAUAGGUUUUCAUAUUUUAAUACGGAUAACAUGCAAACAAUGACAAAGGGAAAAAUAAGUACGGUAAGUGAACCUUCUGCCUAAGGAGCCUUAAAGAGCAAUUGAAACCAUUUUUACCAAACAAUUUUAGUCAGGCGGCGGCACGGUGGCUGAGUGGUUAGCACAUCCGCCUCACAGUUCUGAGAUCAAGGGUUCAAUCCCAGGCUUCGGCCUUCCUGUGUGGAGUUUGCAUGUUCUCCCCAUGCAACACCGAUGUUGAGACCAUAACAUGCGCCUCCGGGAACUCCGGUUUCCUCCCACACCCCAAAAAACAUGCAUGGUAGGCCGAUUGAUCACUCUAAAUUGUCCGUAGGUAGAGUGUGUGCGUGAAUGGUUGUAUGUCUCCUUGUGCCCUGCGAUUGGCUGGCAACCAGUUCAGGGUGUCCCCUGCCUACUUGCCUAAAGGCUCCAGCACCUCCGCGACCCUCGUGAGGAAAAGCGGCAUGGAAAAAGAAUGAAUUUUAGUCAGGUGUGUGCCCAAUCACUGAUGAGUGGUUUAAAGCUGCCAUACCCACUCUAAAACACACAGCUGGUAAGAAUUGUCUUGAUGAGAAGCAUUGUCUGAUGUGCAUCAUAGCCCGGUCAAAAGAGCUGUCUGAAGACCUGCAAUGAAGGAUUGUUGAUUUGUAUAACGCUGGAAAAGGAUACAAAACCAUCUCUAAAAGUGUAGAUGUUCAUCAAUCAACAGUCAGAAGAAGUUGUCUACAAAUGGAAAGAGUUUGGCACUGUUGCUUCCCUCCCAAGGAGUGGCAGUCCACCAAGAUGACGCCAAGAGUUCAGCGCAGAAUACUCAAGAGAGGUAAAAAAAAGAACCCUAGUGUGUCUGCUAAAGACUUACAGAAAUCAAGUCCAAUAGCUCUGUACACACAUCAACUAUAUGUGAAACAAUUGCCAAGAAUGAUGUUCAUGGACUUCACGGAGGAAGCCACUGAUCUCUUUAAAAAAAAAAAAAAAACGGAAAAAACAUUGUUGCUCAUUUAAUGUUCGCAAAAAGGCACUUGGACACUCUACAGAAGUAUUGGCAAAAUAUUUUGUGGACUGAUGAAACCAAAGAGAAAUUGACACAACGUUAUGUGUGGAGGAAAAAUGGAACAUCUCACCAACAUCAAAACCUCAUCCCCACCGUGAAGCAUGGUGGAGGGAGCAUUAUGAUUUGGGGCUGUUUUGCUGCCCCAGGGCCUGGACGACUUGCAAUCAUUAAUGGAAGAAUGAAUUCAAAAGUUUGUCAGGAUGUUUUGCAGGAAAACCUGAGGCCGUCUGUCAGACAGUUGAAGCUAAAAAGUGGAUGGAUGCUGCAACAAGACAAUGAUCCAGAUGAUCAGAAGAACAAAAUACACGUUCUGGAGUGGCCAAGUCAAAGUCCAGACUUGAACCUCAUUGAGAUGCUGUGGCAUGACCUAAAGACAGCGAUUCAUGCCAGACAUCCCAGGAAUGUGACUGAAAUACAGCAGUUUUGUAGAGGAGAUGGAGGAGAGGAGGAGGGCCAAGAUUAGUCCUGAUCGAUGUGCCAGACCAGGGGUAGCCGACUCCAGU